GGUUGGAUGAGGCCAGUGAGACUCAUGAAGGUGUUUGUCACACGCAGGAUCCCCCCGGAGGGCAGGGCUGCGCUCGCCCAGGCGGCAGACUGUGAGGUGGAACAGUGGGAUUCAGAUGAGCCCAUCCCCAGGAAGGAGCUAGAGCGAGGCGUGGCUGGGGCCCAUGGCCUGCUUUGUCUCCUCUCUGACUGUGUGGACAAGAAGCUCCUGGACACGGCAGGAGCCAACCUCAAAGUCAUUAGCACAAUGUCCGUGGGCUUCGACCACUUGGCUAUGGAUGAAAUCAAGAAGCGCGGGAUCCGUGUGGGCUACACCCCAGAUGUCCUGACAGACGCCACCGCCGAGCUCGCGGUCUCGCUGCUGCUCACCACCUGCCGCAGGUUACCUGAGGCCAUCGCAGAAGUGAAGAACGGUGGCUGGUCCUCUUGGAAACCCCUGUGGUUGUGUGGCUACGGCCUCACCCAAAGCACUGUGGGCAUCAUUGGGCUGGGCCGCAUAGGCCAGGCUAUUGCUCGGCGUCUGAAGCCAUUUGGCGUCCAGAAAUUUCUCUACACAGGACGGCAGCCCAGGCCUCAGGAAGCAGAAGAAUUCCAGGCAGAGUUUGUGUCCACCCAGGAGCUGGCUGCCAAGUCUGACUUCGUUGUGGUGACCUGCUCCUUAACACCUGCGACCAAGUUGCUCUGCAACAAGGAUUUCUUCCAGAAGAUGAAAAAAACAGCUGUUUUUGUCAACAUUAGCAGGGGCGAUGUGGUAAACCAGGAUGACCUGUACGAGGCCUUAGCCACUGGUCAGAUUGCAGCAGCAGGACUGGAUGUGACCACCCCAGAACCACUGCCGACAGACCACCCUCUCCUGACCCUGAAGAACUGUGUGAUCCUGCCCCACAUUGGUAGUGCCACCCACGGAACCCGUAACACCAUGUCCUUGUUGGCAGCUAACAACUUGCUGGCUGGCCUGAGAGGGGAACCAAUGCCCAAGGAGCUCAAGCUGUAA